AUGAUGUCCCGGUCCCCGCCAGACCGAGACGGGGCAACCACACCGCCGCCGCGGGAUGUGAAGGGAUUCCAGAAACGAGCGGGCGAGGACCCUCAAAGACCCCAGGAGAGAGGCGGCGAGAAAGGCCUUCGUCCUGGGCGCUCGGAGGCCGCUCCGAAUGCGAACAGGUCCCAGGUCCCAGCUUCUAAUGCCGACGCCCCAGCCCCCCCACAGACGGAGAAGCAGAAGGGGCGAAGGACCCGAGCCCCGGGAGCAGGGCAGGGUCCCGGCCGGGUCGGGCGUUCAAAGGGCGCGCCGCCGGCCCGCCCCGGCAGUGCGCAGGCGCCUCCUCCCACAAUGCACCUCUGUGUUUGUCAGUCAGCUUUGGUUCAGCGAGCCCGCCGAGGAGCCCCAGAGGAAGGCGCCGAGGAAGAGGGAAGAGCAGGAGCAGAGGAAGGGCGUCCCGCGGCCCCUGCGCUCGCCCUGGAUCGCCCUGGCACUGGCACCCGUCGAGCAGAAGGAGAAACAGAGUGCCAGGCACAGGGCCCCAGCGAGGCACCCCCACGGCUGUCACCCGGAAGGACAGCUCAGGAUGACAGGUACGUGCACACGCCCACACAGCCCGUCGCCCUCAGCCCACGCCCAUCCCCGCUCGCGAUCACGCCCUCGCACUCGCUCGCGGGCAGGCGAGUGGCCCCAAGGGCUGGUAUGGGGUCUGGGGCUUCAGAGCUGGCUCUCCUCUGGCUCUGA